AAGCCACCUGCCAGGCACCAGAGCCAAAAUGAAGACUUGGGGCUGCACCCGUGGCAUCGCUCUGGUGCUGCCCUCGCUGCUGGCUGCCCUCUGCGCGACCACCGCCCAAAAGCAUGACAUCGACGUCUACAGCCUCACCGUGGACUCCAAGGUCUCGUCCAGAUUUGCCCACACAGUCGUCACCAGCAGGGUGGUCAACAGGGCGGAGACCGCGCAGGAGGCUACAUUCCAGGUGGAGCUGCCCAAGAGAGCCUUCAUCACCAACUUCUCCAUGAUCAUCGAAGGUGUGACCUACCCAGGGAAUAUCAAGGAGAAGGCUGCAGCCCAGGAGCAGUACAGCGCGGCUGUGGCCAGGGGAGAGAGUGCUGGCCUCGUCAAGGCCACCGGAAGAAAAACAGAGCAGUUCCAGGUGUCGGUCAGUGUGGCUCCCUCUGCCAAGGUCACCUUCGAGCUGGUGUACGAGGAGCUGCUCAAGCGGCAACUGGGAGCGUAUGAGCUGCUGCUGAAAGUCCAGCCUCAGCAGCUGGUCAGGCACCUGCAGAUGGACAUUCAUAUCUUCGAGCCUCAAGGUAUCAGCUUUCUGGAGACAGAGAGCACCUUCAUGACCAACGAACUGGUGGACGCCCUCACCGUCUCACAGAACAAGACCAAGGCUCACAUCCAAUUCAAGCCUACACUCUCCCAGCAAAAGUCAUCAGGGCAGCAGGACACAGUCCUGAAUGGCAACUUCAUCGUCCGCUACGAUGUGAACAGGACCGUCUCCGGGGGCUCCAUUCAGAUUGAGGGUGGCUAUUUUGUGCACUACUUUGCCCCCGAGGGCCUACCCACGAUACCCAAGAAUGUGAUCUUCGUCAUUGACAAAAGCGGCUCCAUGAGGGGCAGGAAGAUCCAGCAGACCCGGGAAGCUUUAAUCAAGAUCCUGGAUGACCUCAGCCCCAGCGACCAGUUCAAUCUUGUCAGCUUCAGCGGGGACACAACCCAGUGGAAGCCCUCGCUGGUGCCGGCCUCAGCUGAGAACGUGAACCAGGCCAGGAGCUACGCGACUGGAAUCCAGGCCCAAGGAGGGACCAACAUCAAUGACGCGAUGCUGAUGGCCGUGCAGCUGUUGGACAGUGCCAACCAGCAGGAGCUGCUGCCGGAGGGGAGUGUCUCCCUCAUCAUCCUGCUCACCGAUGGCGACCCCACCAUGGGGGAGACCAACCCUGCAAGGAUCCAGAAGAAUGUGAAGGAAGCUGUAGGUGGCCAGUACAGCGUCUUCUCCCUGGGUUUUGGCUUUGACGUCAGCUAUGCCUUCCUGGAGAAGCUGGCACUAGACAAUGGCGGCCUGGCUCGGCGCAUCUAUGAGGACUCGGACUCUGCCCUGCAGCUCCAGGACUUCUACCAGGAAGUGGCCAACCCACUGCUGACAGCAGUGACCUUCGAGUACCCCAGCAACGCCGUGGAGGACGUCUCGCAGGACAACUUCCGACUGCUCUUCAAAGGCUCUGAGAUUGUCGUGGCAGGGAAGAUCCGGGACCAGAGCCCUGAUGUGCUCUCAGCCAAAGUCAAGGGGAAGAUGCACAUGCAGAACAUCACCUUCCAAACGGAGUCCAGUGUGGCGGAGCAGGAGAAGGAGUUCCAGAACCCCAAGUACAUCUUCCACAGCUUCAUGGAGAGACUCUGGGCAUACCUGACCAUCCAGCAACUGCUAGAGAAAAUGGUUUCAGCAUCCAAUGCUGAGAAGCAGGCCCUCGAGACCCAAGCUCUGAACUUGUCACUCCACUACUGCUUUGUCACUCCUCUCACGUCCAUGGUGGUCACCAAACCUGAAGGCAAAGAACAGUCUGAAGUUGCUGAGAAGCCUAUGGAAACCGAAAACAAACGCAGGAACUUCUACUCAGCUGGAACUACCAGGAAGAGACCUAGUGACGUAGGGAGAGCCGGACCACCAGGACCUCCUGAUGUGCCUCAUCAUUAUCCACUCUACCAGAUUGCUGGAGAAUCACUGCUACCGGACAUGUUGUUAGCCCCCUCCAUUCCUGAUGGAGCGUUCCGGAGUGUGGAUUUAAGAGCCAGAGAUACCUUCCCGGCCAGAGUCCCUGCAGUAGCUUCUGACCCUGUGACAGGGAGACUAUGGGAGAGGAAAGCCUCGGGUCGCUCUACAGACUUGCCACAGCCACCCAGGACAACCUCACUCCCAGGAACCACAGCUGCUGUCCCAGCCCCCAUCCAGGCACCGCCUGUCAUCCUGACGCUGCCCGGACAGAGCGUGGACCGUCUCUGUGUGGACAUCAAGCACUCUCAGGGGCCGAUGCACCUGCUCUCAGACCCUGAGCAAGGGAUUGAGGUGACUGCCCAGUACAAGACAGAAAAGGACCAGUUCUCAUGGAUCAAGGUGACCUUCAAGAACCCCGAGCUGCAGGUUCACGCCUUCUCUGAGCACGUGGUGGUGACCCGGAAUCGAAGAAACUCUGCCUACAAGUGGAAGGAGACACUGUUCUCAGUGAUACCUGGCCUCAAGAUGACCAUGGACAAGGCAGGGCUCCUGCUUCUCAGCAGCCCAGACAGAGUGACCAUCGGCCUGCUACCCUGGGACGGCCCUGGGGAGGGGCUCCGGCUUCUUCUGCGGGAUACAGACCGCUUCUCCAGCCGUGUUGGCGGGGUCCUCGGCCAGUUUUACCAGAACGUGGUCUGGGGGCCGCCAGCAGCAGCCAAUGACAGCCAGCGAACAGUGACAGUUGGCGACCUUGAGUACACUGCCACCAGAUUGCUCAAACUGGAUUACCAAGAGGGGUCCCCAGGAACAGAGAUUUCCUGCUGGUCUGUGGAGCUGUAGUUAUAGAGGGGUCAAGCGUACCCCCCCAAUCCCCCCGGAGGUGUGCAGAGGACUGCCACCCUGUGACCCGAGGGUGGCCUGUGGGACCUGGGCUGUGAUGGGGAGGAUAUUUUCGACUCAUUACAAAUAAAGACCGGUGCCAUAAGCCCA